ACGAUAUAACAGACCAUUUGACGACCAGGAAGUUUGACCAAUAUAAUAGGAGUAUUCGGAGAAAACAUGACAGCUUUUGCUGGAUUGUAAUUCCUACAUUUGAAAGCCAAAUUGAUCAGAGGCUGCACAUUAUUCAGUCCGUAAAGAAUUUCAAAUGGCACCGCGAAAGAAAAAAUGUUUCAAAUUCUCCACAAAUUUGCCUGCAACACGGCUAUUAGCGUUAUUGAUCUUGUUGAAUGUGAUAUUUGUAAUAGUAUACAUAUCUCAUUUUACGGGGUCGUUGGAUCAUGAAACUCCACAAGAAGAUUUACUGGACAGUAAACCGUAUAGCCUCAACCUUCUGCAUAAAGCUUCAGGCAUUUUCACAUCACUUUUCUCUGGGGAAGCAAAAACAGUGCAGGAACAGCUGUCUUGGCGAGAGCAAUCUGUACUGUAUUUACAAGAGACUUGGUUCAUCAUCAUAGAAUUUGGAACUUUUACUCGGAAAGCUGUAUCAGAGACUGUACAUUAUGCCAUCAUUUGUAGCAGCAUCAAUUCUUCCAGAUGUAUCAUAUCUAAAUCCUUGCUGAUCUCAUUGAUGAUAUGUGCUGUCGUGUGUGAUGUGUAUUUCACCUGGAAAGUUUGCUUUGGUGGUAAAACACAGCACAGAAAUGCAAAUAAAAAAGUUAAACAUGUACAAAGCAUUGAAAAUAUAUCACAUAACAUUAAUGACACAUAUGAUACACAACUGAAAUCAAGACCAUUGAAAUGGAAGACAAUAGUUUUCAUAUGUGCUUUGAUAUCAGCUGCCAUCAGCAUUCCGUGGGAGUUUAUUCGCUUGUACCAAAAUGAAGUUGCUAAGAAAUCAUCAGUGAUGUAUCAGGGCAUGCCAUCAGAUUGUAUCCCAAAAGACAUGACUGUAUGGCAAUCUUGGAAAUCAUGGUGCAUGUGGCAGCUUUCAUGGGAGGACUCUCCUUGUGAUAAAUAUCAUCAUGCUCUACUAGUCGAUCCUUUCUGGGAGGUUACUCCUAUGCUGGUGCUAUCCUCAGCAUUCACCAGGUGUAUCACCAAGCCAUUUGAAAUAAUAUGUAGUGCAAUAGGACGCUGUUUCAAACUCAUCUUCAGUGAAAUACCAUCACCAUGGCAACCAGUUGUUAUGCUCAUCAUCACCUUAGUAACAAUGAUAUCAGUUGCGAUGGUUUGUAAAUAUCGAAUACAUUUUCCAUUGCUUUUAAAAAUUGAACCAACAAGGACUCCUAUAAUGUCAAGGUCAUAUUCGACAUUAUCAAGACGGACUAUAGGGAGUAAAACGGGAACAUCAUGCAAACAGUGUUCUCAUGACACAAAUAGCUUGGGUGAUUAUGAAGUAAUACCUCUGCAUCAAAACAAACAGCUUCUUGAUUCUUCUUUAGAAUUGAGUUUUUGAAGGAUGUAUUCUGUUCAAAUUCAGUGCCAAGUAAAAACUGAAUCAUCAUAACAGGUAAUUUUAUGACUACAGGACUAUAGUUGUAAAAUUGUGUUUACAACAUCUAGUUCAUUCAUGAUUUAAAACAUGUAAUUAUAAACUAUUUUUUUAAAUAUAUUUAUUGUUGUUUGUUUUUCUUGACCUACUCAGAGGAGUUUGUUUCAUGUGUUUC